AGAGCAUCUCUCCCCCCGUGCUCUGAUCUAUGGAUGGGAGGAGCAUCGCAGCCUGUAGGGUGCGGAGAUGCCGAUCGGAACCGGGCUGAGAAACCAAAACCAGCGCCUGUCCUGCGUGGAGGCAACGUCCCGGAUGUGGAGACACGGCGACCUGUAGUUCUCAUGGUCGGCGACUGGAACCCGUCGUUCGAGCACACGCGCGACAUACGUGUAUUAAACCUGGUGUCGGACGGACGGACCGUCGGCAGAGGGAAGGUCGCUGACGGACGGACGGACGGUGCGUAAUGCUGAGUGGACAGCAGCAGCGCUCCUCGCCCCGCGUUCCAGCCUAGACGGCGGCUCCCGACCGGACACUCGCACUUCCUCCGCAGUGCAGCUCGUCGCCAGAAAAAAAACCCCCGAUGCGCUCCGCCGGACCGAACCCGUUCAGUUUCAUGCCGUCCAGCCCGACCGGAGCCUGAGCCGAAGGAUGCAGGUGAAAAACCAGAUCUGCACUGAGCGGAGCAGCGCCGACGACCCGGAGCAGGAUGACAGCCAGAAGAAGACCUCGUGCUUCUCCAACAUCAAGAUCUUCCUGGUGUCGGAGUGUGCGCUCAUGCUGGCACAGGGCACGGUGGGCGCCUAUCUGGUGAGCGUUCUGACCACACUGGAGAGACGCUUCAACCUGCAGAGUGCCGAUGUGGGCGUCAUUGCCAGCAGCUUCGAAAUUGGCAACCUGGCCCUCAUCCUGUUCGUCAGCUACUUUGGUGCCAAGGCCCACAGGCCUCGGCUGAUUGGCUGCGGCGGGAUCGUCAUGGCGCUGGGGGCGUUGCUCUCCGCCCUGCCCGAGUUCCUGACCCAUCAGUACGAGUACGAGGCCGGGGACUCGUGGCACGCUGAGGACGGCAGGGACAUCUGCUCCAACAACUCCCGGUCGGACAACCGGGACUCCGGGUUCAAGUGUGGCAACCGAGCCAACACCAACAUGAUGUACCUUCUGCUGAUCGGAGCCCAGGUUCUGCUGGGCAUCGGAGCCACACCGGUCCAGCCUCUGGGAGUGUCCUACAUCGAUGACCAUGUCCACAGGAAGGACUCUUCGCUGUACAUAGGUAUUUUAUUUUCCACAUUAGUGUUCGGCCCGGCCUGUGGCUUCAUCUUAGGUUCCGUCUGUACCAAAGUCUAUGUUGAUGCUGUCUUCAUUGACACCAGUAAGCUGGACAUCACCCCAGACGACCCUCGCUGGAUCGGGGCGUGGUGGGGCGGCUUCCUCCUCUGCGGUGCCUUACUCUUCCUGUCGGCCCUCUUCAUGUUUGGCUUCCCACAGUCGCUGGACGAGCAGGACAUGGACGGUGGAGGGGAGAGUGAGCAGGCCAUGCUGCCUCCUUCCCUGACCCUGGAAUACCAGGGCUCCAAACCCAACGGGGCCAUUCACGGCUACGAUAUGAACAGCGGGCUCACAGUUUGUGAGCACCUGAGAGUUAUCCCCCGGGUAACCAGGCACUUGCUCUCUAAUCCGGUAUUCACCUGCAUCACUCUGGCAGCCUGCAUGGAGAUCGCCGUGGUUGCCGGCUUUGCCGCCUUCUUAGGCAAAUACCUGGAGCAGCAGUUCAACCUCACCACCUCCUCAGCCAAUCAGCUGCUGGGUAUGACGGCCAUCCCCUGCGCCUGUCUGGGUAUCUUCCUCGGGGGGCUGCUGGUUAAGAAGCUGAACCUGUCCGCUCUGGGCGCCGUCCGCAUGGCAAUGCUGGUCAACCUGGUGUCCACCGCCUGCUACGUCUCUUUCCUCUUCUUGGGCUGCGACACUGGACCUGUCGCAGGGGUCACUGUGGCCUAUGGCAACGAGACGUUACAGUCCUGGCAGCGGCCCGAGUCACCGUGCAUCAACAACUGUAACUGCUACACAGCAUCCGUGAGUCCUGUCUGUGGUUCCAACGGAGUCACCUACCUCUCAGCCUGCUUCGCUGGCUGCACCAAACCAAACCUGACCGGCUGCACGUGUAUAUCCAGCAACACUGAGGAGGCAGUGGCUUUACCGGGGAAGUGUCCCAGUCCGGGCUGUCAGCAGGCCUUCCUCACCUUCCUGAGCGUGAUCUGUGUGUGCAGCAUGAUCGGAGCUAUGGCCCAGACGCCCUCCGUCAUCAUCCUCAUCAGAACCGUGAGUCCAGAGCUGAAAUCGUACGCCCUAGGGGUUCUGUUCCUGCUCCUGAGACUUAUAGGCUUCAUCCCUCCCCCCCUGAUCUUCGGCAUGGGCAUCGACUCCACCUGUCUGUUCUGGAGCUCGGUCUGCGGCGAGAAGGGAGCCUGCAUGCUGUACGACAACGUGGCCUACAGGCAUCUGUACGUCAGCAUCGCCAUCGCCCUCAAGUCGUCGGCCUUCGUCCUGUACGCCACCACGUGGCAGUGUUUGAGAAAGAACUACAGGAAGUACAUCAAGAACAGCGAGGGCUACCUCACUCCCACCGAACUCUUCGCCUCCAACGUGACUCUGGACAAUUUGGGCAAGGAGAUCACGCAGAACCCAGCCAACAGGACAAAGUUCAUAUACAACCUGGAGGACCCCGACGUGUGUAACAACAUGGAGUCAGUUUUAUAGUGGCUCGCUGCACAAGGACUGCAGACCAGAGCUGUCGAUGUGCAACUGACCGGAUGUGCAACGUUUUCUUUGGUCUUGCAUCGGUUUAGAAGAAUGUCCUCAGCAAGGGUCCUAUCUUCUUCUCACCCAGAACAUCCAACAUAAUGAAAGAAAUGCAUCCCAAAAUACUCUAUAUCCACAUUACACUUACUUUUUUAUUUUCUAUUUUUUACCUCAAUAUAAAUUAUCCAGUCAAUUUUGUUGACUUGAUUUGUUGACCCCCCCCCCCAUUUGACACCCAAGUAGGGACUGACAGCACACACAGGGAGAGAAAGGAGGAAUGACACUUCAAACUCCACCAAAUGAUAAAAAAGGGGAUGUUGCAGUCAUGUGUUCUGCAUCGAGGACAAAUACGGAUCGAUAUUCUUUACCGAGAGACAUUAGGUUGAGUCGUACUUCAGAAUCAGGGCGAGAGUGAGAAGCAGAGAUCAGUUUGUUCAUCGGCUUUUCUUUUCUUUUUAAGACAGUUUAUUUUCCUUUAGAAGGAAAUAUUUCUCAGGUCCUCAUGUUAGAUAGAAAGAAUGAGAGUCAACAUGAUUGUUCUUUGUCAGAUGAUGCAUUUUUAGCAUAUUUUUGAGCACUUUUCAGAUAUUUAAAAAAAAAAAAGCAUACAGUCGUAGUGCAAUUGGGAUCUUUCCUUUGAGGGAGUGUCACACUUGUAGCUGCUAGGCAACCCCACCGAAGACUUAUUUAAACACUUUUGUGCCAAUAACCCCCCCUUAAACUCCCUCAUAUUUUAAAUUCACUUUAAAGAGAUUUCAUAACUCCAGGUCUGUCUAUUUCCUGGCUACAUCAUUAACGAGUUUGGGCGAAAGGAACGGAGAGAAGAAGUAUAGACACAAUACGUACCGCUCCAAAACCAGAUCAAACAUUUUCCAACCAAAUUGUAAAAUGACUGUACUCAUCUUCAACCAAAACCCCAGUGACCCAGACCAUCAUAAGGGUGCAAAUUUAAUUUCAAAUGUAGUUUUGACUGCUUCUCACAGCUAAAUUACGAAAAAUAUCUUAUCCCUGUAGUUCGUGCUAAAAGUGAGGUUUAUUUAUUUUUUCCUUUUAAAGUAGGAUGUCCAUUUUGGAGUGGGUGUUAGAAAAUGAGUUUCAGAAUAGUUGGCCUGUUUUAUUCUAGAGGGCAUUUGUGGAAGGUAGAGGAGUAUUGAGCCAGUAUGUAAUUAUUAUCCCUUUACCGUGUCAUUAUAAGGAGUUUUGCUAUGAAUGCUUGACAACAUUCUGAGACCCGUUCUGUUUCAGAAUCACAAAAAUCUUCUCUUUUGUUUGAUUUUUUACUUCACACAAAUCAUUUCAUCCUCUAUGUUUUCAAUUGAGUACAAUUUAUUGCCUUUUGGAUAUUGUCAUUUUCAAUUUUUCAAAAGGUCAUUUAUAAAAAAAAUUUGAAAAAUCCUUCCCAUCGUUUAAAUGAGGGCCCUAUCUAAAAGCAGGUGAAGAUAAAGGGAGUUAGGUGAACCCACUCAUUUAUGGGCAUUGCUGAACCUGUUACUGAUUUAUAAUAUUAUAAUUCUGCCACUCAUGUCAUUGGCAGAUGAAGACAGGAAUGCAGUUUGACUUGGCGAUGUGAUUCUACUCUUGGGGAUGUCGCCCCUCAGCAGUAAUGCAUGGAAUACAUAGCAACAUGACGAAUAACUUGCAGGGAACAUUCUCCAGGGGACAUGUACGCAGUAGGGCUGACGCAGGUGGAGGCUGACAGAGAGUGUGAGGACGUUUAGGUGGAGCGCCAAGUCAACACAGUGAGACGCGAUGAUCGCGGUGGGCUAGCUGUCGGCGGACACGGCAUAGCAUGACGCAGCCAGAAUUAGUUCUUUUAAAAGCAUGCUGGUAAUGCAUGUAACGAUAGAAGAAAUAAAAAAAUAUUCAGUAUGUCACUAAGUUGCACACACUCUGGACUUUGGUGGACAUGGAAAUGGUUAAAUACGGCCUGCACAUUCUAUUUUUGACCAUGGGAGAGCUUUAUAAUGCAUACUGCAUUGUGGUGUUGAUAUAAAAAAAAAAAAAACCCAGCUGACUCAUAAUCACUCACACUGCAGUGACUGACUAAAUACAGAUUCUUUUUUUCGUCUUUUUUUUUCCAGAUUUCUUACAUAUCCAGUUUAUAUAUAUAGAGAGAGUAUAUUAUGUUUUUUUUUCCCCUGGCUUACUUUGUAAGUAUUUACUAUGUUUUGCAUCAAAAAUAUUCUAGUUACUCAUCAUUGCAAUAUAUUUCAUUUCCCAAAGAAAAAAAUGUUUCACCCCUUUUGGGGUUGGAGACGGGGGUUGAAAAGAGUAUUUCAUCAUUUUGGGAAAUGCACUUUCACUUUCUUGCCAAGCGACACUGAGCCCAGCCAAGAAGUAGCCAUGUACAUAUCCCCCUACCCCCAAGCCCCCCAUCAAAAUGAAACUUGUGGCUUUUACAGCUGUUUUGUGUAAUGCGUAAGGAGAUACAACGUGUUAAUAGGUUAGCCUUGGAGGUGCUCAUGGCUGGAUUCAGUUACUGGAGCCAGGCUAACACCCCCCUUUCUAUCUUUGUCCAAACAUUUUGCAAAACCAGCUGCUGGUUGUACUUUCAUGUUUACUGUCCAGACAUGAGAGCAGUGUCCGCCCUCUCUUCCCAUCUCUCGGCAAGGGAGCAGACAAGUGUAUUUCACCACGAGGUUGAACUGCUCCUCUGUGCGACAACUCGGUUGUUUAGGUUUAUGCCGCCUCUCAUGCUUUAUGAGCCUUUUGUUUUUAUUUAUUUUUCAAAUCCUGGAUGAUGAUGUAUUCAGUUUCGCACCUCACCGAACCAACAGUAAAAAGAUUUCAACGUUACAGUACAUCGAUGCUGCUUCAGCGUCACACGCGUUCUACCGAAGAAGAAAACAACUAUUUAUCAAAUGCAGAGGGAAUACUUGAGAUCGACUCAUUUACGGACCUAUGUUCAACAGAGAGCCGAGCCGAACCAGACCGGACUGAGUUGUGCUUGGUUUGACGUGAACUAAGACAGUGAAAAUACAGCGCUGCUGUGAAUCCUUAAAAAAAGAAUGGUAGGUAGUGCCUGAAACAGCUUCCAAGCUCAAAAAUGUGACUGUCCCCGGUGGGAUGAUUGACUCCGGGCAGCAGGACAGACGCACAUGAUGCUGAGAUGUAGACAAAAAAAAAUGUCAAUAAAUAAAAUAGAGGAAAAGGAAGCUUCCACGUUUUUCCCAAUAGUGAGGAGGGUGAUAACGAUAUCGCCAGCUGCUUUGCCGUCUCCUCCUUAGCAAACCCCCCCCCCCCCAACAGGCGACGCUGUCUUUGAUAUCUGUGACGUCCAAGUGUGUCAUAGUGCUGACUCCUCUGUACAUAAUAGUGCCAUACAAGUGCCAAAGUGACACCAUAGGAGUGUUCUGUAAUGUCCCGCGGAGAACUUUGUCUCAACACGCCGGAGCUCAGAGCAGAUCGUCCAGCUGUAUGUAGCCUUUCUGUGAUAUCCCCCACUCUUACUUUCUCCAUAUCAUACAAAAGUGUCCCAAAAAAAACAUUUUGCCUAUGAACUAUUGUAUAUUGGUCUAGAGAGCAGUAUUAUUUAGUAUGUAAUAACUGUUAAUACGUAGGACUUUUCUACUAGUGAAGUUAUAGUCUGAUUUUGUCUUUCCAUCAGUGGCGAAGCCUACUGUUUGUUGCUUUGGCCCCAAAACAAAACAAUACUUUGCUUAGAAGAAAAAAAACGAGCGGCACCCAAUGUUUGAGCCGUGGCCUGACAUGGUGCAGUACGUUGUACGGCUGACCGUGGAGAAACCGGCCCGACUUCACUGAUAGCAGUCCUGCACCUGUGCCUGGAUAUGAGAGUCAAGAGCGGAGGCUCUUGAGACUUUGUGGUGGGAGCCAACGUUGUGCCAAUAUCAGCCUGUGCACUGUAACACUCAACACUUGCGGAGAAGAAGCCAACACAUUGUAGGUCCUGUCCGAUGCGCUGCGCCAGUGGGACAGCGCUCGCUCCACCAUGUAUUCACCUGCGGCGGCGGGACUGUUUCUUUUGGCACCCAAAUGUGCUUGAGAUGUUUUGCCUUGUGAUGAGAAAAACAGCUUUGGAGCAUAAAAGUUCUUCAUUUUUUUUUUUUUUUUCCAUGAGUCUCUUUUGAUGACGUUGCCUUUUGGUAACAGCCGGUUGACUUUUAUAGUGGAUCUUUAGUGACAGAUGUAUUGACAUAUGAAGAGUUUACUGCCAAAAUACGUCGUCUGUGGCCAAAGGUGUUCUUACCUGAGGUCUUUCAAGAGAGAUUUUGCCAACAAUGGACAGCUAUCCUGUAAAUAAGUCCACAGUUACUUUGGCCUUUUUUGUUGCUAUUAAUCAUUUUCGUUAUGGAUAGUCGCUUUUUUUUUUGUAGAUGAAGGAUCUUAUUUUGGAAGGAAACUCUUCAUAUGCAGAUAGGUAAUCCUUUGGUUCGGGCCUUUGGGCAGCAUGUUGCCUUUUAUUAAAGUGAAACCAUGUGCUAACCAUGUUAGUGAGGGUUUUAGAGUGAUGUGUUUGCUUAUGUUGUGGGAGGUGGUCAAUAUGUGAACUUCAUGGCUCUUUGCAGUGACGGGACCUUUAGAAAAAAGGGCAAUGAAAUAAGAAAAUAUCACUUAUAUUUUCACAGCAUCACAAAAGACUUUUAGAUAUGCUCUAUUGCUUCUUUGGUUUCAUUUUCUUUUCUCUUUUUUUUGUUUCUUUAAAUUACAUACAUUUAUAUUUAAAAGCUUUAUGUUCUGUAUAUUUCUUGGAAAAAGAUUACAUGAUUGUAUGUUUAUUGUAAAUACAUUAAAUAUACUAUUUUUGGUUUUAAUAGGA